ACGACUUUCUGUUUCCUAUCGACGUUGAAGCCUUCUUCUCAAUAGCUCUCCGAUUCUCAUCGAAAUUUUACGAAAGCGACGAAUUUUCAAAGGAAUGGAAGGUAGCAAUUUCAGUCAAACUCAAGGAAGGGGAACAAAGAGAGACCGACGUAUAUGGACAAUAGAUGAAGAAAAUGCACUUCUAGAUAGUCUUGAAGAAUUAGUUACGCGAGGAAUGAAAGCCGAUAACGGCUUCAAGAGUGGUUACAUGGUUAUGUUAGAGAAGUGGUUUGAAGAAAAAUUCCCUCAUUCUGGCAUCAAGGGUAAUCCUCACAUAGAGUCAAAAAUGAAAAACUUGAAAAAGUUGUAUAAUCAGAUAUAUGACUUGAGGAAUCAAAGUGGCUUUGGGUGGGACCAUGAAAAGCAUUGUGUCGAUAUUCAUUCUGAGGAUAGUUGGCAAAAAUAUUGCAAGACCUAUCCAGGAGUUGCUUCUUUGAGAGGGAAGUCCUUCCCUCAAUAUGAUCGAUUAGCAAACAUAUUUGGAAAAGAUCGUGCCAAAGGAAAUCUCAGUGAAGACCCUUCAGAAGCUCAUGCGGCUGUAGAUCAUGAGGAAUAUGAAAAUCAUGAUAAUGUGGCAACCAAUGGUGUAAGUCAAAACUCACCGCCACUAUCAUCUUCUCAGGCACAAAAUGUUUCUGAUUCUUCAAGAAGAAAAAGGGCUAAAGCAAGUGACAAAUGGGCUGCUGGCUUAGUUGAGAUAGCAGGAACUUUUGGCUCAUUCUUGGAAAAGGCUAACGAGAGAAUGGAGAUGAUCGCUAGCCGCAUCGGACAUGCCAAGGAUUUGGAUAAUGACAAACGAAAAAUCAAUGAGGAGCUUCUUCAAAUGUCUUUAGGUACUAUGGAUAGAAUAAAAUUAUGUAGAAAAAUUGUGAAGGAUCCCGAGAAUAUUCAUCUAUUUUUGGGAUUUCAAGGAGAAGACAGGAAAGCAUUUGUGGAAUUACUUCUCCAAGAGAUGAGAGAAGAGAAUGAGUGAUGAUGAGUUGUUUAUGAGUUUGUAGGAGAUAUGUUUUCUCUCCAUACUUUUUUUUUUUUUCUUCUUUAUGUUUUUUUUAAAGGGUUUUGGGGUUAGCUCUAAGCUUUAAUGUUAUCUUUUUGGACCUUUCGAUCGUAGCCAUGACUUGAAAAGAGGUGGAUAUGGCUUGAAACUUUAUCUCUAUGUUCAUUGCCAAGAAAACCAUUAUCUAUAAUAUUAUUUGCCUCUGUCUUUUAUUUUCA